AUGCAUCGCGCCCCCGCAGCCAUGGUCACCAAACCAAUGGCCGACCCCAACAUCACUAUUAACACACCGCGGGACCCAAACACGCUAUCGAACUAUCACAAUCUCGUGACUCGACAUACCAGCGUUGACUUCGACAUCGAUUUUGAGAAGAAGCGGCUGUAUGGAUCUGUAAUACUAUCACUCGAGAGUUUGACUGACGAGAAGGUGACGGAUGUGGUCUUGGAUAGCAGCUUUCUAGAUAUCUCAGUCGUAGAGGUUGACGGGCAGAGCGCCAAAUUCAAGGUUGAUGACCGUGUAGAGCCAUACGGCAGCCCGCUCACCAUCACACUUCCGUCCACUGUGCCGAAGGGGAAAACUGUCGACAUUGAAAUCAAGGUUGCGACAACGGACAAAUGUACGGCACUGCAAUGGAUGACGCCCGCUCAAACCGCGAACAAAAAGCAUCCGUACAUGUUCAGUCAAUGUCAAGCAAUCCAUGCCCGCUCCGUUUUUCCCUGUCAGGAUACUCCGGAUGUCAAGUCGACCUUCAGCUUUGCUUUGCGGUCGCCAUUGCCGGUCCUUGCCUCAGGUCUGCCGACAGGUGCGAGCGAGUACCAGCCGCCCAAGAAAGAUGGCGAGAAUGGCACGCUGAAGUAUACCUUUGAGCAAAAGGUCCCCAUCACGUCCUACCUCUUUGCUGUUGCAAGUGGUGAUCUAGCGUGUGCCAGUAUCGGCCCGCGUAGUACGGUUUGGUCCGGCCCAGAGGAGCUUCUCGACUGCCAGCGCGAACUCGAUGGCGAGAUUGAACCCUUCAUGAAAGCUGUCGAGUCCAUUGUCUCGCCCAACUACCAAUGGACACAGUACAACAUCCUCAUUCUCCCUCCAUCUUUCCCCUACGGCGGCAUGGAGAACCCCGUCUGGACAUAUGCGACACCCUCCGUCAUUUCCGGCGACAAGCAGAACAUUGAUGUCAUCGCGCACGAACUCUCUCACUCAUGGUCUGGUAACCUGGUUAGUGCAGCAAGCUGGGAGCACUUCUGGCUGAACGAGGGAUGGACGACGUAUUUGGAGCGCAGGAUUGCAGCAGCAAUUCACGGGGAAGCACAUCGCCAUUUCAGUGCUAUCAUCGGCUGGAAAGCUCUUGAGGAGAGCAUUGAGCGCUUCGGUGAAUAUCACCCAUACACGCAACUCGUCACCGACCUCAAAGGCCAGGAUCCAGACGAUGCCUUUUCUUCCAUACCUUACGAAAAGGGAUUCCAUGCGCUGUACCAGUUUGAGCUUCUGAUUGGAAAAGAGAAAUGGGACUCUUUCAUCCCGCAUUACUUCGAGACGUUCAAGAACAAAAGUUUGGACAGCUACGAUUUCAAGUCGUGCUUGAUUGAUUUCUUCGCAAAGGACUCUAAAGUCAACAAGAAAUUAGAAGACUUUGACUGGGAUAAACUAUUCUAUGCGCCUGGUUACCCGCGGAAGCCGGAUUUCGACCAGACCAUGGUAAAAGGCUGCUAUGAGCUUGCUGACAAAUGGCACUCCCUUGUCACCCAGACUACCAGUGGUGAGUUCAAGCCCAAAGAGAGUGAUAUCAAAGGCUGGAUCGCCAAUCAAUCGGUUGUAUUCCUCGAGAAACUGCAGUCAUUCGCAGAGAACCUCUCGCCGGAGAGCGUGCAUCAACUUGGCGCGACGUAUGGGUAUACAAAUACCCAGAACAUCGAGGUUCUCUCGCGAUACUUGACUAUUGGCUUGAUGGCGAAAGUUCCCGAGACAUACCAACCCUCGGCUGACUUGCUUGGACGCAUUGGCCGAAUGAAGUUUGUUCGGCCCAUCUUUAGACUGUUGAAUGCAGCAGACCGAGAUCUAGCGGUGAAGACGUUUGAGAAGAACAAGGACUUCUACCACCCUAUUUGCAGACAAAUGGUUGAGAAGGAUUUGUUUGGUGACGAGACGAAAUAG